AUGGUUCAUUCGAUUACUUUAUCGCAUGCGACAAAGGUCAUUAAUGAAGUAGUUUUGAACGGAGGAAUAGAAAUGCAUGCUGAUGCUACUUUUAAAGUAGUGCCGUCUAUGCCUAAGUGCUAUCAGCUAUUUAAUAUCCAUAUGAUUAUUCAGAACCACUCAAUUCCUGUUUGCUACGUGUUAAUGGAAAGUAAAACCCAAGUGGCAUAUCAAAAGGUCAUAACCCAUUUUAAAACAAUAUUUCCAAAUAUUCAGCCAUCAAAAAUAAUGACUCAUUACGAAAUUGGUUUGAGAAAUGCGUUUACAAAUGUGUAUCCCAAUGCAGAAAUAGUUGCAUGUUGGUUUCAUUAUGUACAGAGUUUAUGGAAAAAUAUUAAAAAACUAAACUAUACUAUAAUAUAUAGAACAACGCAUUGCUAAAUGUGCCUUAAAAUGGUAAUGGUACUCGCACUGCUUCCUGCAAAUGAGAUUGAUUUGGGAUUCCAGGAAAUAAAAAAUCACGUAAGAAUUAAUAACAUUAAUCAAACAAGAUUUUUCAAUUAUUAUUCUCGUCAUUGGCUUAUUGGGAUAGGACCUAAUACUUUUUCUGUACAUGACCAAGCUCGACGCACUAAUAACAAUAUAGAAAGCUUUCAUAAUACAUUAAAAGAUAAAUUUCAAGUGUGUCAUCCAAAUCUAUGGAAAGUAUUAGGUCAUUUAAGUGACUCCAGUAAAGUACAACAUAUUGUUAUUGAACAACUGGCAAGAGGAAUGCAAGUCACGCGAUCAAUAAAACCUAAAUAUAUAUUGAAUUCCAAACGAAUCAAAAUGGCAAAUGAUCAACUAACCCUUGGUAUAAUUACUAGAAAAGAAUUUUUAAUAAAAUGUUCUUAUGCAGUUGACGGCUACAUUUCAAGAGAGGGAAAUUCGACAAGAUAUUUUGAAAAUAUUGAUGGUAAUGAAGUUGAAACUUCUUCUGAAGAUGAAAAUGCUGCACUACCGUUAAUUCCAGUACAGCAAGUUCCACUCAAUGAAGAAAACAUAGAUUAUGACCAAAACGAACAAGUAAAUGAAAUUGAGAACAGCGAUUCUAAUGAUAGUGCUUUUUCAAUUGUGUUAAGACCUAAAAUAAGGGAAGCAGUGGUAUCUAAUGAACCUAUUGUGAAUGAAGAGCUUCCUAACAGAGCUAUAAAUGAAAACCCUGAGCCAGAAGAACAUAACUGGGAUGAACGUGAUUUUUUUGUUCCUGAAGAUUAA